UCAAGUUGAAACGUUGGAUUCUUAAUAGAUUUUAAAAGUGUUUGUCUCCUUUGCGUACAUACCUUCUGCGUCACUGCUCAACACUCUCAUGCAUUUACAUAUUCAAAUUAGGAAUAUAAACGGAUGAAUGAUUCGCAUGGCCUCGGUAAAUAAGCUAUUUGACUUAGUAGUGAAGCCGUAAGCAAAAUUGCUUUCUCUUUGUUCCUGAAAAAAAGUUACAUCUUUCGAAGAUAAAAGAGAUACCCUGUAGACAAAACUUGCCCAAAAAUCAAGGACUUAGACGGCGCAUUACAACCAAACUGUCAUGCCUCUUGAAUUGGAUCACGCCAUGAACGUUUACUGAAAAGUGUCUAUUAUUCAAAUGCAUUGAAAUGAAACGACCAGACGGCUGGAGUUCAAACGCAGUACGCAAAGAAACGUCUUUAGAAGACUGAUAACGUUUCUGUUUCGUUGUUAUUGUGUUAUUACUCGAGUAGUUCCCGAUCUGGUUUUGUUCAUAUUGGAUUUUUGUGGAUUCUUACAAUAAUUUUGACAGCCAAGUGGUCUCCACUUAUCAAGACCAUAUUGAGUAUACACAGGAGUUAUGAAUCAUUCUAGUCAUCGAAUGUCACGAGACUUCAAUAUUGAUUCUUGAACAUCCUUUCAAAAAUAUUGUUUUCUUGAAGACGUGUCAUAAACCAUCAAUCGUAAACAUCCGUAUUACAGGGAUUUGGAAUUAUACAGGCAUUCAUCAACAAUCUCGGAAGGCAUCUCAGGGAUCCCUUAUUUUAACUGGAACACCCUUGUAUCCUUGGAGGAUCUUAACUUUGGUGUUCCAAUGAAGAACCGCAAACGGAUUUACGUAACAUGCAUGAUUGCAAUAAUCAUCUUUCUUCUUCGAUCUUUUCCGAAAAUCGAUAUAUCGACAUGGAGUCUUCUUCUAAUGAAUGACGACGAGGCAAAUUUUUUAAGAACGUGGGCACGAGUUCAGCGCACGCAAUUGGACCUCAGGGAAAUAACUGGCACCUGCGAGAAAUGUGUGGAGAAUAAAUGCCCGAUUAUAAACCCUUACCAAAGGACUGAUGUUAUGACUAGUUACGUCACCAAUGAAGUCAUUCAGCGUAGCGGAGACUUUAGUCGUGUUUACAUUAGGACGAAAAACGCCAGUGGAUACUAUCGCACAACCGGGGGUGAUGGUUGGCAGGUGUAUAUAAAAGGACCAUCAAUAUCCACAGCUACUGUGUUUGAUCUUCGUAAUGGUACAUACGAAAUCGUAUUUCUUCCUGUUGUAUCUGGUCAAUAUACGCUGUUUGCUUAUCUUAUUUACACAGCGUGCGUUGCAAUUAACAGACCACCAAGACAGCAAAGAGUUUUAGGCAGGUUGAAACACUCAUUCUAUAUUCCCCAACAAAAAGGCGACUCUUUGCUUCACAAGCUGCAAUAUCAUAUGACGUUUCGUGACUGUUACGAUCGUGCAGGGUUGUUUCAGUACCAUCGAUGUUACGGCUGUUGCCGAGGUUGCAGUUUUGUGUGGAACGGUUUGGGAAGUUGGGAGUAUGUCAGAGGUUCCUUGAAAUGGCGUCCUUACAUUAAAAUUGACGACAGACCAAAAAAAGUAAAAUUUAAGAAGCGCGCAGUUCGAAAAAAUGGAACGUUAUGGUUUUUGGGUGAUCCUCAGUCAACAAUAUACGAUGCUGUUUAUCAAGGUCCUUUGUGCUCAAAGAUCUUUUCCAGCUGUAAAAACGGAUCAACGAUCCUUUCAUCUGAGCAUUUAAAAUCAUUAAGCAGUGACCGCAUUGCUGAUCAAGUUGUAAAACGUCUCAAGACUUUACUCAAUCAUUCCAUGCAGCAGCCUGAAAAUGCUCUCAUUCUAAAUCCUGGUUUCAUCAGAAAUUUACCUUACGUCAGCUAUGCUAACAUCAUCAAUCGAAUAUUGCCGCUGAUACACGAGGCAAUGAAUACGACAAGGCACGCGCAAUUUAUUUGGAGCACCUUGCUACCGUCUACGGUCGAAUAUUCCUCGUUGGGCUACCGGAUUUAUAACGCUUACGCCAAUAUGAAGCUUUGUAAAGAAAAAGUACCCAUAUUAGAUCUGUUCUUCCUUUUGGACAGUCACUCCCUAACUGGAAUAAAAACACAAACAAAUGUAACAUUGGAAUCCGUAGAAAGACUUCUUGUUGACUAUUUUGAGUUGACAUCCGAUCGAUUAAUGUUUAAAAAUUGAAGGAACAAUGUUUAUCAAAAAAUCCUUUACUGCUAGCGGAAUCUUAAGUGUCUGUUGGUCAUUGAUAUUCCAAACAAAUAUUUUCCUACUCAUAUUUUCAUUUGCUACUUCUUUGGGUAACGUGUAAUGUCCUGACUGAAUGUCAUCUUGUUCUUGUCUUGCGUAAAUGUUUCCGCACACCCUGGUAGAUACUUAACCUUUCUUUCUCUGUCAAGGAGGCCGAUAUAAAAGAAAGACAUUGUUUUAUACAAAAGGCUGUUGGCAGUGUUUACAUUGGACCGCGGAAGUUCGAUGAUUUGAGGCCAAUUAUUCAUAUAUAUUUACCAUGUAAAAAAAUAUGUAUUGAUUUCAAUAGAAACUAAUUAAGUAGAACACGCAUACAUAAAUAUUUGCCUUUCCAAGUUUAUCGAUCUUCCGCAGUCCUUGAAAAUGUUCAGUAAUACCUGAUUUCUGGGAUUAAGUUCAUUCCAAUUAACUAAUGAAGAUUUUGAAAAGGAAAGAGACUCAAAAUGGCUGGCUUUCAUUUCUUAUAUAUUGUAAUUUUCAAUGAAAAACAGAGCCUCGCAAUUAUCUACACAUCGGAAUAAUUGCUCACACAAUGAAAUGCACAGCCAGUUGAAAAAUCACAGUUGCAAUUACAGAUAAUAUUAAUAUAAUUUUUAUAUUUUCAACAAUAAUGCCUGGAUUACAAAACUUCCAGCUUCAUAAUAAUAUAACUAUAUAAUCUUACAUAAAAUUCAUAGAUAUCUAUUUAUAACUGUUGAGUAUUGUGAAAAAUCAACAAAGUAAAUUACUCUAUUUUGCAAUAAUUAUAUUUUCUAUAAUAAUAAAAUCCCCUUUAAAUUAUCUUGCUAGUGAGUCUGUAAACAAUUACAAUUAUAAUCAAUAAUAGAACGACAGUCACCAACAAUGGAUGCUGAAUGUGAAUGCACAUCCAACUUGAUGAAUCCUUCAGUGAUGUUACUUUUUGAUGAAUAAAAUAUAUGUUAUCUGGUGUUAA